CCUCUUUGCUUUGAUAUAGGACGCUACAGCCGCCCCUUUAUGAAUGUUGACGUCGUUUCCCUUCCUGUUCAACCAUUAGAUGUUAGUUUAUGUUUUGAUCAGUGGUUUGUGCCUUAUGAAGGAAAAAUUCGACAUAUUAGGUUCGUGCCUGGACGUGGAUAAGACUAUGCGUGAUUCAAAGUAAAGAUGUCUCGUGCAGCUCAUAUGGCAACAAAAGGACCUAUACCCAAUAUAAACUACCCCGCAUUGAUCAGAGACGAGAUCACACGAUGGGAGAGACAACAAGCGUUGCGAGUUAUCCGCAUAAAGGAUCAUUGCUGUAAACGAGAUGUCCGUGGACUGGGAGAAGGAUUUUGCCAGAAGUGUCGUCGCAAAUGGAUAAGUGCUUACACUCAUGUCACCAUCAACUUCAAAUCUCCGGAAUCUUUGAUACGAUAUCGUCAGAAAUGUUCGAAGUGUGACGUGUUAUGCAAGAUGCAGAUGCCGGAAGAUGAAUUUAGAAGAAUCACCCAAUACGCAAUUGAAAGCAUGAAAAGAUGUCAUCUAGGAAUAAAGACGAAGCAGAAAAAAGAUGACAAAGCUAAGACGACACCACCACACAAGUGUCAUCUCUGCGAGAAGUGUCGUUUUGGUGAGGGUCCUUGCUGCAUGCCGAAAGCAGUGGUGUGCAAAGUUCCGAAGUUGAAAUGAAGUGGAAGACAGUGACGACAUUGGUUAAAAUUGCUUUGUUGGGAAUGGAUAAGUUCAUGUACACAUCGAUAUUAAAUAGAUAUAUAUUGCAUGUUAGGUAUGAUCAAGUUACCUCGUCAUAUUUACAGUAAAGUAUCACUGACUCUUUUCUUCAAUUCUUUUAAAUUUGAUUGAUAAAAACAAAAUUUAAACUUAUACCAAAAUCUACAACUUGAAGAAAUUUCGAAGUUUGACAUUGAAUUGUUCGACAUUUAUUUUGAAAUUACAAUUAUGAUUCGUCCAAGCUGAAAACGAGUGUGGGUUCUUCCGAGUAGGGACAACAUUUGGCCAUAGGGGAUGCAGGUGCAAAGUGUGUUUAAUAAA